CACAGGGCACCCAUGUAGCUCACCGGGUAGAGAGUGUACUCUUCCCUGAGUCCUUACCACAGCAUUCUGUAGCCUUUCCUGUCUCUAUCUACAGUUGUCACAGUUUUACAGCUGUGCAGUAAAGGCAAAAAAAAUCUAAAAGCUAAGCCGUGAACUUUGACAAAGUGAUUAAUAAUUAAGCUUCAGGUUGACUGCACAGAUUCACAUACCUCUGUUGAGUUUACCAGCAGGAUCACCUAACUCUGUUACACAGCCAGAAGAACUUAUACAUAGGAGAAGCACUGGAUGACAGAGUAUCUGUAAGAAGUCAACACAAUCUGGAAGAUUGGAGUCAAUAUGUCUUCCAGUCUCACUGCAGGCAGCAGCUCCCCUGGGUUCACCACAGCAGCUCCUUCCAGCACAGGUCUAAGUUUGGAUGCUGCUGACAUCGCCGUUGUUGUCAUCUACUUUGUCUUUGUCAUGGUGGUUGGGAUCUGGUCAUCAGUGAGAGCCAAUCGCAGCACUGUGGGGGGGUACUUCUUGGCUGGCCGUUCAAUGACCUGGUGGCCUAUUGGAGCCUCUCUGAUGUCCAGUAAUGUUGGCAGCGGUUUGUUUAUUGGUCUGGCGGGAACAGGAGCAGCUGGAGGAAUCGCUGUUGGGGGAUUUGAAUGGAAUGCAGUGUGGGUCCUGGUGGCUCUGGGUUGGAUCUUUAUCCCUGUCUACAUCUCUGCUGGUGUGGUGACCAUGCCUGAAUACCUGGCCAAACGCUUUGGAGGCCAGAGGAUACGCAUAUACAUGUCUGUUUUGUCACUCAUCCUCUACAUCUUCACCAAAAUAUCUACAGAUAUCUUUUCGGGGGCGUUGUUCAUCCAGGUGUCGUUAGGCUGGGAUCUCUAUGUGUCUACAGGGAUACUGCUGCUUGUCACUGCUGUUUACACUGUGGCAGGCUGCAGCUGGAUUGUGUCUGGACCAUGGGGGCUGUGGCUGAUAGCGGUUAUUCAGUGGGCCUUUCUCAUUGUGCCUCCUCGAUCCUCGACUCCUCGCAUCGCGUUCUACUCCCUCCCACCCGAGAUGUGAGCUGGAGGAGUCAAGGAAACAGGCUUUUAAUGAAAUGAGAUGUCCUUGCCUCGGUUCCGUCAUUUUAAUGUGACGUCAAUCUGACCUGUUGCACGGCUAUAUCAUCGGUCGCUGUGAUCUCGGUCAGAUGAGCAGAUCAGCGUUCAUUCAUCAUCAGUCCCUUUAUGAAAUGACACAGUAAAAUGUAUCUCAUAUAGCCCCAAUAACAACUGUUAUGAAAUGUGCAGACUACAUAAU